GGCUGCUCCAGUAGGUUAGUGAACGGUCCUAACACUAGGCAGCCUGGAGUCUGUAGAAGAAUAUGCGCCUUUACCUUUAAAAAACUACUUCUGUAGUCACCACAGAGUUAGAAGAGGAAUAUGAGAAGUUACAUACGUCCUCAUAGCCUUAACUGUCGACGUUGAGAGGGCAGGUUCUUUCAGUACAGAAGAAUGAAUAAGAAGUUAAAGAGUCUGCUGAAGCUUGUCGCGGUGCUGCUGUUCAUUACGCUCUCCUGUGGGGUUCAGGACUCCCAGGCUGCGGCAUGUCAUGGCUGUGGGACGGGAUCAAAGUGCGACUGCACUGGUGUGAAAGGAGAGAAGGGUGAGAGGGGUUUCCCAGGACUGCAGGGUCAGCCAGGUGUACCAGGAUUUCCCGGACCAGAAGGGCCAAUUGGACCUCGUGGAGACAAGGGUGAUGAUGGACCUGUUGGACCAUCUGGGCCUAAAGGAAUAAGAGGACCUCCCGGGCUGCCUGGAUUUCCAGGGACACCAGGAAUUCCAGGUAUUCCAGGACAAGAUGGCCCACCGGGUCCGAAGGGAAUUGCAGGGUGUAACGGCACAAAGGGUGAGAGAGGUCUUUCAGGAGGUCCAGGUACCCCAGGUGCUCCUGGUCAUCCAGGUCCUCCUGGUUUGCAAGGCGAGAAGGGAGAUCCUGGUGAUAUCAUCUCUGUAGACCAGUUUGGAGUGCCAGGAGAACCUGGAGACCCCGGCCGACCAGGCUUCAGAGGAGUUCCAGGACCUCCUGGGUUACCUGGUCCUAUUGGUCCUGUUGGCACGAGAGGUUUCCAGGGUCCUCCUGGUCCUCCUGGCCCACCGGGGCCUAAGGGCAAUAUGGGAUUGAAUUUCCAAGGGCCGAAAGGAGAGAAGGGUGAACCUGGUUUGAAGGGGCCUCCAGGGCCACCGGGGCAGGUUGGCGAGUUUUCAAGUCAACUGGACACAGUGAUUCAGCGAGGAGAGAAGGGUGAUCGUGGCCCACCUGGACCACCAGGAUAUACUGGCCCUCCUGGACCACCUGGUUCACCUGGCGGUCAGAAAGGAGAAAAGGGAGAGCCAGGAGAAUUCGGAAAGAGGGGCAAGCCCGGUAAAGAUGGUGACCCUGGUCCUCCAGGAAUUCCAGGUGCAAAAGGAGAGCCUGGUAGUCCUGGCUUUCCAGGAAGAGAUGGUGAAAGAGGUGAUAAAGGUGAGCGAGGCCUUCCUGGACCUCCAGGCAGGGUGAUCAAUAGCCUAAAUGGAAAUGGGGGUCAUGAAGGACCCAAAGGAGACCUCGGUCCCCCUGGAGCUCCUGGGAGAAAAGGAGAAAGAGGACCACAAGGUAUCACAGGACCACCCGGUCAGCCAGGUGCUGCAGGAAUUGGCCGUUCUGGCGGACCUGGUCCCCCUGGUUUCCCUGGAGAGAGAGGGCAGAAGGGAGAUGAAGGACAGUCUGGAGUCUCUUUACCAGGUCCACCUGGAAGACCUGGUCUGCAGGGCUUGAAAGGACCACCAGGACCUCCCGGACCCCCUGGAAUAUCCAGUGGCGAUGGGACCUGUCAACCGGGUCUACCGGGCCUUCAAGGUCUUCAGGGGGACCCUGGUUUCCCAGGGGAGAUAGGCCAGAAAGGUGAAAAAGGAGACACAUGUGUGAAUUGUUUGUUAAAUGGAAACCCUGUCCCAGGACCACAGGGCCCUCCUGGACUUCCUGGAAUUCCAGGUAAUCCUGGUAUACCUGGCCCUAAGGGAGAGAGAGGAUACCCAGGCAACCCUGGCCUCGUGGGCCCACCAGGUUCACCAGGACUGCAGGGUAUACCUGGAGAACCUGGUGAGAAAGGUGAUCCCGGUGAUGCUAUCAUUGUUGAUGGUAUGAAGGGACAGAAGGGAGACACAGGCUUCCCUGGGCCUCCCGGUCUGCCUGGGCUUGAAGGAAGACCUGGUCGUGAUGGCUAUCCCGGAUCACCUGGUCCAAAAGGAGGACCAGGUUCUCUACAGAUUAAAGGUGAACGUGGCCCUCCAGGUGAGCCAGGUGCCCAGGGUCUUCCAGGAGACAGAGGCCCCGCAGGAUCCCCUGGAUUUGGACCUCAGGGGCAACCAGGAGAGAAAGGAAUCCAAGGAGUUUCAGGAAGACCAGGAGUUCCUGGACCACCAGGUCCGAAAGGUCAACCAGGUGAGUCUAUCUCUGAGAAAGGUGCAGCUGGACCCCCUGGACGUGAUGGAGAGCCUGGUCCACCAGGAAAUCCAGGAAACCCAGGUCCAACUGGACAGCCUGGUUUCCCAGGGUUACCUGGACCAAAAGGAGAACCUGGUCUUCCGGGUAUAGGCUUGCCAGGACCCCCAGGAGCUAAAGGAUUCCCAGGUAUUGCUGGCAAUCCUGGUAGCCCUGGCCUCCCUGGACCACCAGGUGUGGAUGGACUGCCUGGUCAGCCUGGACUUUCCGGGGCAAAGGGAGAACCUGGCUUUGGAAUCCCUGGCCCUCAGGGGCCCACAGGUCUCAAAGGCUUUAAAGGCUCAUCUGGGCCUAAAGGUGAUUCUGGUUUCCCUGGAAGCACUGGUGGCCCUGGCCGACCAGGUGUUGAUGGCCUUCCUGGAUCUAAAGGUGAUCCUGGGCUUCCUGGUGCACGGGGCCCCCCUGGCCCUCCAGGCCAACCAGGAUUUGGUUUACCGGGUCUCCCUGGCCCCCCUGGACUUCCUGGACCUGUGGGUCCUCCUGGUUUCCCUGGUGUGAAAGGUGAUAAAGGAGAUACUGGCCCCCCAGGUGUGGGCAUCCCAGGCCUGACUGGCGACCAAGGAAAUCCUGGAUUCCCUGGUCUCCCAGGCACCCCUGGUCCCCCUGGAAGCCCUGGCCCUUCUGGCCAAGAUGGACAACCUGGUUUCCCUGGUUCAAAGGGAGACAUGGGCGUAAUGGGUGCUCCAGGACCUGCCGGUAACCCUGGCAACCCUGGUGUCCCAGGCUUCCCUGGACCGAAAGGUGAUGAUGGUUUCCAAGGACAGCCAGGGAGUCCAGGUAUUCCAGGAACAAAGGGAGACAAAGGUGAUGCAGGUAUACCAGGUCCUCCUGGCUUCAUCAGUCCUGAAAAUUUGCCAAAAGGAGCCAAGGGAGAACCAGGACCUCCAGGUCUUGGUGGUUUUCCAGGAGCAAAAGGUAUUGCUGGUCUCCCAGGAGACCCAGGUCCCGCUGGACUGGAUGGACGUCCUGGUUUACCUGGACCCCCAGGCCCAAAAGGAGACCCUGGACUCUCAGGAGCACAUGGAGCACCUGGCACCCCAGGACUAAAAGGCAUUAUGGGCGAGAUGGGACUGCCUGGCCCUCCUGGAGCUAAAGGAAGCCCUGGUUUGCCUGGACAACCUGGACAGCCCGGUUUUUCAGGAGCACCAGGGUUCUCCGGUCCCAAAGGAGAGCCUGGCACUCCAGGAUUUGGACAACCAGGACUUCCAGGGCCCAAGGGUGACCCUGGCUCACCUGGCUUCCCUGGAUCCCCAGGGCCAAAAGGUUUGCAAGGGCCUCCAGGUCUUCCUGGAUUACCUGGUAGCCCUGGAUCAAAGGGUGAUCUUGGCCUCCCAGGACUACAAGGUGCGCCUGGUAUUCCUGGUCCUAAGGGUUUGGAUGGAGCCCCAGGAGCACCUGGCCUAAAUGGAGCACCUGGUAGGCCAGGAGAAUCUGGUGCACCUGGCUCACUUGGUUUCCCUGGAGAAAAGGGUCAAGCUGGUCGUGACGGUAUUCCUGGACCUGCUGGAGUGAAGGGAGACCCAGGUCCACCAGGUAUUGGAGCCCCGGGUUCACCUGGUUAUCCAGGGUUGCCAGGUUCAAAAGGAGACCCUGGCUUACCUGGACUGCCUGGUGCCCCUGGAUACCCAGGAUUAAAGGGAGAGGCAGGAUUCCCUGGCCCACAGGGCCUUCCUGGUGGUCAGGGGCCUCCUGGUCCUCCUGGUCAGUCCCUGCAGGGAGCUAAAGGUAGUCCAGGUCCUCCUGGUCUACCUGGAAGACAAGGCCUGGCAGGUCCUCCAGGUUCUCCUGGCCCAGAGGGUCCCCGUGGAUUUCCAGGAAGUGGAGGGCAGAAGGGUGAGAAAGGCUUUCAAGGAGUUCCUGGAUCACCUGGCUUACCUGGAGAGAAAGGAGACACUGGGUUUCCAGGCUCACCAGGCCCUGCUGGCCUCCCAGGAAAUCCUGGAACUAAAGGAGAUUUAGGUCUUCCAGGCGUUCGUGGAUUCCCAGGACCUAAAGGUCUGUCUGGUCCUCCUGGAUCUACGGGGCCCCCUGGUGAGCCUGGUGACCCCGGUCCUCCAGGCUCUCCUGGUAACCCAGGUAUAGCUCCAUCCCCCAUUGUUGUAAAAGGUGAGCAAGGACCGCCAGGUCCCCCAGGCCUCCAAGGAGUCCGAGGUGCACAAGGACCAUCAGGGCUGCCCGGACUGCCAGGUCAGCCUGGUACCCCCGGUGACCCAGGUCCUGAGGGGCAAUCAGGAGAGAGUGGCAUACCUGGAAGAAAAGGAGAUCGGGGACCACCUGGGCUGCCAGGAGAAAGGGGUUUCCCGGGCCCUGCUGGUGCAGAAGGCCCUCAGGGUUCUCCAGGCGCUCCAGGUCUUGUCUCAGCUGCACAUGGCUUCCUGAUCACACGGCACAGCCAGAGUGUAGAUUUGCCCAGAUGCCCAGAUGGUACAACACCUAUCUACAAUGGCUACUCUCUGCUCUAUGUGCAGGGCAAUGAGAGAGCCCAUGGCCAAGACCUGGGUACUGCUGGGAGUUGUCUAAAACGUUUCAGCACCAUGCCUUUUAUGUUCUGCAACAUCAACAAUGUGUGCAAUUUUGCCUCAAGGAACGACUACUCCUACUGGCUGUCCACUCCUGAGCCUAUGCCCAUGAGUAUGGCCCCCAUCAAGGGAGAGAGCAUCAAACCCUUCAUCAGCAGAUGUACUGUAUGUGAAGCCCCAGCCAUGGUGAUUGCAGUGCAUAGCCAGACCAUCCAAGUGCCAGAGUGUCCUGAAAAUUGGAUCGAUCUAUGGAUUGGCUACUCCUUCAUGAUGCACACUAGUGCAGGUGCAGAAGGCUCUGGUCAGGCCCUGGCCUCUCCUGGUUCCUGUCUGGAGGAUUUCCGCUCGUCUCCCUUCAUCGAGUGCCAUGGCCACGGAACCUGCAACUACUAUGGCAACUCCUACAGCUUCUGGCUGGCCACAGUUGACAAGAAUGAAAUGUUCAGGAAGCCGCAGUCAGAGACGCUGAAAGCAGGGUACCUCCAGACGCGCGUGAGCCGCUGUAUUGUGUGUAUGAAGAGGACGACGUAACAUAGUGAUGCUUAGGCUUACGCUACCACUAACGUGGCCCCUUGCCGGGGAUCAGCCAUCACCGUGGCAACUGCAACAGUUAUGUUGAGAACAGGUGGAAUUCCAAUGGUGCUUUAUCUUCAACUCUACACAGCAAAAAACUGAAAAAAUAACUAGUCUUUUUUCUUUUUUUCCUUUUUUAAAGAAGUACCUCAAAAAGGAAAAGAAAUCAGAAAGGUGCUAUGACGGAUGAGUGAUAAAAAGUGCAUUUCUUUUCUCUCUUGUAUAGGAGAUUUUUUUCUUCAAAAGAAAUUGUUUUCCUGAUCAAAUUUUGAUGUUGGUACGCAGAUAAUCUUUUGUGUUGGAGAGAAGUGCUCUUUUUUUCUUUUUCUUUCAGGAGUGGAUUUGUCUCCUUGUUACCAAAUCGGCACUUUGAACAUCAAAGAGAAAAAUGCACUGAACAGUUACAUUAGCGCGACUGCGUUUUUUUUUUUUUUUAAUUCUUUCAUUCUUUUCCGUCACUCUUUUCUUUUUCCCUCUUCUUGGUGGUACUAACACUGAAUAUCCAAGAAUUUUAACUAUAGAACUUUUAUCUCUUUUUGUAAGUAAUAAAAUGUGUAUAUUGUGUAAAACACCUUUUUAGUGUAAAACAUUAAGUGGUACUUUAUAAUGAAUUUUUGGGUUCUUUGGCUCGUGUUCAUUUACUUACGCAAUAACUCACAUGCUAGCUCACUUGUUCACUUACACAAAUAUUUGUACAAAGUAAACAUGCUUCAAAUGAAACAGUAUUUUAUUAUAUAUAUAUUUAUACAAAUAUAUAUAUAUAUAUAUGUAACUAAGCUUGAAUUGGCUGUGUAUUUUUUCUUAUCAUAAUUCAUUCUCAUCAUCAGGUACCUAUACAAACUACUGAAUAUGAGUGGACAGAAUUUUUCUUGAAAGCCUCCUCCCCAGUUUUAGAAGCCCACUGAGUUUUUAAACACCUGAUCAAGCACGCAUUACUGUUCUAAUCCAGAUAUAAGUUAACCACGCUUUGUUAAAAUCAGUAGAAUAUUAGUAAUGUGAGUUUGUUUAGUUUCUACUGGGUCUUAUGUCACCGUGCACCACAGUGUGGUUUAUAUUGUACAUAUGGCGAACGAGAGAAACAAUGAUUCCUUUGACUGUUUUCAAAUCUUUUUUGAAUUUGAGUCAUCAUAGGUGUAAGAAUGUGUAUUUCAGAUACUGUUUUUUAUGUUUAUUAUCCAGAAGUUGUUAUAAACUUUUAAGAGACUGAAAUAAAAAAAAAAUCUUAAGUCCACAUAUGUUUGUGUCAGCAUAAACAUUUCUACAGUAUUCAUUGUUGCCUUGUUUCAAAAACUCUGCAGUAUCUGCAAACAGCAUGGCCAAUAAAGUUUUUAUGUUGUCAUGGUAA